UGGAAAAGGAGAAUCAACUGGAUGUAGAGACUUUUCAUUCUUCAAACAUCCAUCUUCUAAUAAGACAGGAACUAAGAUAUUUAUGUAAACAGGUAGAAGUAGUAUUAAAUAUUUUCAGAACAAAUAUGCUGAACACCGGCACACUAUUUGUAAUUUAUUGCCUUAGUGCUGGGGAAGCAUUUACGACCAAUUCAGAUGCAACAGGAAAGAAGUCAUACCAGAUCCAGAACGGGCCAUGCACCUAUACUUUUCUGCUGCCAGAACUGCAGAACUGUGGUCCUUCAAGUACCUUCACUAACCAAGUGCAGCGAGAUGACCUGGUUGACUACAACAGCUCAGUCCAAAGACUAGAACAAUUAGAGACCAUCAUGGAGAACAACACACAAUGGCUGCAAAAGCUGGAGAACUACAUUCAGGAGAACCUCAAACAAGACAUGGCCCAAAUUCAGAAUAACGCAGUGCAAAACCACACAGUGACCAUGAUCAAGAUUGGGGCCAGCCUCCUUAGUCAAACAGCAGCGCAAACACGGAAAAUCACUACUGUUGAAGCACAGGUAAUUAACCAAACAACUCGACUUGAACGUCAGCUUCUUGAGAACUCAAUUUCAACCAGCAAACUGGAAAAUGAAAUUCUGCAACAGAUAAAUGAAAUCCAAAAGCUGAAUGAAAAAAACAGUUUUCUGGAAAAACGAGUGGAGGAUAUGGAAGGCAAGCGAAAUACAGAGCUAGAAAACUUGGAAGCGGAGAAGGAACAGCUCAAGAAGCUGGUGGAGAAGCAGACUAGCAUCAUAAAAGAGAUGGAGCAACAACUGCUCCGCACCUCCUCCGAAAACUCCGCCAUGAAGAAGCAGCAGCAGGAGCUGACAAAUACAGUCAACAACCUAAUUCACACCAUCUCUGUGGGUAGCAUUCCUGCAAUGAUGCAGGACGAUCCAGAUCAGUACAAUGACUGUGCUGCAGUCUUCAAGUCAGGGAACAAGGAAAGCGGGGUCUACUCAUUGACCAUACCUGAUACAAAACAGCAGUUCAAGGCCUACUGCGACAUGGAAAUAGAUGGAGGUGGAUGGACAGUAAUACAGAAGCGCUUCAAUGGCAUUGUUGAUUUUCAUCAAACAUGGAAAAAUUACACAAUGGGGUUUGGAGACAUCUCAGGUGAACACUGGUUAGGGAAUGAAAUCAUCUCCAAGUUGACACAAGAAAAACAACAUGUCCUCAGGAUAGAUCUGACAGACUGGGAGGGGAACACAGCCUUUUCAAAAUAUGACCAAUUCUCACUUGAUGGAGAGAAGCAGAAUUACAGGAUACACCUGAACAGCUACAGUGGAACAGCAGGUAAAACCAGUAGCAUGGGACAGCCAGGAAGUGAUUUCAGCUCAAAAGAUGUAGACAAUGACAAAUGUAUUUGCAAAUGCUCACAAAUGCUCUCAGGAGGUUGGUGGUUUGAUGCCUGUGGACCAUCAAAUCUCAAUGGCGUAUACUACCAGCAAGGACAGAACACUAAUCGUUUCAAUGGCAUCAAAUGGUACUACUGGAAAGGUUCAGCAUAUUCACUAAAGGCCACGACUAUGAUGAUACGACCGUCAAAAUUCUAAGCUUCUAGUUCUAAGGCACAAUAGCCGCUUUUCCACUGUCGGGCCAGUACGAACUGGGGCAACAGGCUGUGCUGGGAUAAUAGCCUUGAAAAAAAAAAAAAAAAAAACAACAACCUGAGGAGCACUGUCAGUGACAAUCCCAAUAGUUAUAUUUUCAGUCAGAGAAGGAGAAGCCCCGACGAGGCACAAUCAAGCCCAGGAAGUGACAGUGGAAACGCGACUGGCUGCAAUAGCACUCUGCUUUUGGCUCGACAUUAGAAAAACGGCUAAUGACUACUGAUGUCACUGCUUUCAUAUCCUAUAGAGAAACAUUGAGGUGUCACUGCUUUCAUAUCCUAUAGAGAAACAUUUGUUGAGAGGUGUGACCUUCAUGCACUUCUGAUACAGGACUUCUAUUUAAAAGAUAAAGCACUUGAAAAACAAAACAAAACAAUUUUUUUUACAGUGUCAAAUUGCUAAUUCAUUGAAUAUGAAAUCCUGACAUACAACAUAUUAAUGGAACUUCGUCAAGGGAAAAGUUUUGUUCAAAUGGAUGUGUUAAUAUGUAUUGUUAAUUGAAGAACAGGUGUAAAGGGGAUAUACACCUGUACAUUGAUGCUUCACAGGAUUUCCUUAAUUCUUCAUGUAGAUACGUGGAAUCAGAACUACUUUCUUAGUAUGCUUAUUUUAUUUGUAAAUACCAAAUUAUUUACAAAUAUUUAAUUAUAUUAUUGAUAAAUUGUCAAAUGUAACCAUGGUACAAGAGUGAGUUAAAUGCAUAAAGCUGCGGAGGUUCUUUAGACAUGUUACAAAUUGUUAAUCUUUAAAACUAUUGUUUACACAUGGUUUAGUGCUUUGGACCUUCUUGUAGAUAUCUUAACUGUGGACAUGUGUUGACUGUUGACCAAACUCUGCAGGAAUUCUUAAAGGGUCCCUUCUUUGCAAAAUGCAAAAUUCACUUUUACAUGGUUUUUUGAAAAAAAAAAAAAAAUAAAUUGUUUGGUUGGUUGUCCACAGUGUGGAUAACCAACCUAUAAAUGGAAAAAAAAUUCCACCCACUCUUUUUUGUAUUCCCUAAAAAUAAAAUUAAAAAUUGUCUCAAAAUGAUUUGUUCAUGUUUUCUACCCAUUGUGACAUCACAAUGGAACAGGCCCCUCCCAUGACUGGUGACGGACUUAUUCCUAUUAGCAUAGGUCCUCACCUGAGUGAGCUGCACACUCACUACACUUGAACUUGACGCACAACGUAAUGAUGGCAAUUGACGCCUUUUGCGGUUCAAAUAAACAGUGCUGGGCAACCGCGUUCAUCAUUACGGUGUGCGUCAAGGUUUACUCUUUUGGCGUAAAUCGAUAUGUACGGCCGCCUGCCGGUAGCUAGUUAUUUUAGUCGAUAAAGUUUUAAA